AUGGAAGGGCCAAGCGAUUCAAAAGAACCGACGUUAUUAUUUAUGGAUCGGCUCUCCCUUAAGGGGAACAUUGUCGAAGUGUAUGAUAGAUUCGUGCGCGAGGGUAAAUUCACCAUUCGUUUGGCUGAACCUGCUCAAGAUGUCCUCUUUUGCAAGGUUAGACCGGACUUGGCUCAAAAACUAUGUCAUUUUCUUCGCGACAUGAAGAAUGGACAAAAAGUUGACGUAAGGGCCUUGUUAGGAUUGGGUGGUGGGCUCUCCAGGGCGCCCGAUGUCGGCAAACUUGUAAUUGAGCAGUGGAGAGAUUAUCCCUUGGGGAAACCGUUUCCACCUCACCUUGAGAGUCUGCAUAUAGUAAACAUAAAGCUCAAGAGCUUUGAUAGUCGUAUUUUGCAAUUGGCAAAUCUAUCCAUGCUAAGUGUGGAGAAGACCCGAAUAUCAUCAGUUCCCAAGAGUGUGGAGUGUUUGCGUCUGACCCGUCUCUGUCUGAAGUCAAAUGAGAUGGAGACUUGGCCGAGUGUUUCGAGGGACUCUGCUUUAGCCAGCAGUCUUCUUUACUUGAACUUGUCGGAGAACAGGCUUGCUUGGCUCCCGGAGGACUUUUGGAAUCUGGAGAAUCUGGAAAGUCUGCUUAUAACAGACAAUCGCCUAGGUGCAUUGCCAGCGGCCAACUUGCACAGCUUGAAAAAACUUAGGAAUCUUCAAUUGAGAAAUAAUAAACUGCGCUGCCUACCCUAUGCUAUCUCCCAAUUUUGGAAGCUGGAGACAGUGAGUCUUUCCGACAAUCCGUGGAUUGCAUCUUUCCCUCCGAAGGUGUGUGAUGAGAGUCCCAAAAGUCUCUUCCACUUUGCGUCUGCAGCAUUUCUGCAGAAUUAUGGACAUUUACUGCCGGCGUUGGAGUUGCAGUUGCCGCGGGAUGUGGAGUUGCAAUUGCAGGUGCUGCGUCGCUGCUUCCGGUGUCAUCGCGUUUGUGGUGUGGAGGCAGUUUGGUACGUUGAGCACUUUGAUGUGAAGUGUAUCGAGUGCAUCUAUUCCUGCUCAUCGGUCACGAGGCGUGAGAUGAAACCUGUCUGCAUUCGCUACUGUUGCUCAUCCCACUGUUGCGCUCGAAUACGAGCGUUUGAUCACUUGGUCUAG